UCCAUAUCACAUUGUGUCAUUCAUUUGCCCGUUGCCGUUGGCUCAGGACUAUAACUCAAGUCACUCAACUGUCUUGGGACACUUAGCACUUUUAAGAUACCAAAUAAGAGAAUGCUCCUUCUAUUCAGAUUGGUGUUGGCUUUCUCCCUGCUUUUUAGCUUUGGUUAUGGAGAGUCUACUUUAGCAGAUGUGACUACCUCCUCAGCUACUAUGCACCCGGAUACCUCUAGUACCAUGCUGAAUGAAACCUCAAGUUUAACCAACAGCUUCGGAACUGAUACAACCACCACCACCAAUGAAGGACCUAAAAGCACUAUGGGAUUAACAAGCAUUGUCGAUUCACUUGCUUAUUUAAGAAGCACGGUGAAUGAGAGUACUACCGAAAAUGUUACAACCACAACUAAUUCUCCAACUACAGGCACAAACCACACCACAACUGACUUCACAGCGAAUGUCACCACAAUCACAACCAUUAACAUUACAAGGACUCAUUUUACAACUCCCAGUACAACUCAUGAGAACAUAACAACCACAAACCUAAAUUGGACAAGCACAUCAGUAAAUAGCAGUAUUUCCCCUACUAGUAGCAACGUAACAGAAACUCUAAUAAACCCAACACCAGGGAGCACCAAUCAGUCUACGGCGGCAACAGCCAACACAAGUGAAGCAACAACUACUUUAUCAACUUAUACUACAAGUAACCCAUUGACAGCAACAAACACAAGUGAUGCAGGGAUUUCGGGAAAACCAAAAGAUACAGUUGAAAGUGCUGGGGUGGUACUGGGUGCAAUAAUUGGUUCAAUCCUGGGCAUUGCACUCGUUUCCCUACUUGUCUACUUCUUGUGUGGUACAAAGAAAGGCAGUUCGUUUUCCCAUCGCAGACUUAAUGAGGACAUCAGGAAUGAGCCAGUGUUAAGACUGGAUAACCCAGUGAACCCUUAUGACGUUAGCUACGGGGAUUCAUCCUACUCCAAUCCAACUGCUCUAGAUGAGUUUUCAAUCAACAACCACCCCCGAGAAGUGAUUGCAAUGGACGACAUGUCACCUCCCCAGCCUAAUGCAUAGAAGGCAAUUCCGAAGAUAUUCCAGAUCCAUUGCUCUAUAGCUUGUAGACAUUUAUUCUCAUUGCAAUGAAGGCUUUCCCAAAAAAGUGUUUCAUGCUUAAGGGAAAUAUCUAGACUACUUAAUCUUCUUGGGACUCAGUCCUAACAAUCGGAAAACUUUAGCCCUAAGUCAUAUUUCUACUAACCUAAAAUGUUUUAUUUAAUGCCCACGGAGCAUGGGCAAUCUCAUCUUUAGAAUUGUUUUGCUUGCACAUCCAAGCCUGAGGAAGAGCAACGUCUGCUUCCUACAAAUGAGUCUGUACAUCUGCCGCACUAGGAAAUCAUUUUACUGGAACUCGCUGAAUUUGCUGGCACAGAAUUCUGCCAACCUUCCAAGCCUCUAAGUGAAUAAACUGCAGUCUUACUUUUUUUAAAGACCUAUAAUUUGACGGGACAAAUUCAAUUCUGUUGCUAUUUGGGUGGUGCCAGAUUCCCAUAGAGAUUCUGUCAUAGGAGCUGAUAUACAGGUCAAAGCAUCUUGUAUAGUGUGGCUGCUAAAACAGGAUUGUGAGUUUAAUAGAAGAAGACUAAUGUAGACUAGUGCUGUCCAACGUUUCUAUGUAGAGGGAUAAUUUCUGGUUCUCUGCUUGUGGUUUGGAUUAUAUUUUGGUAAUUAUUUUAUAUAAAUUAGUCUGUAGAGCCAUAAAAAACCUAUGGAGGCCCAUAUUCAGCCCAUAGGGCUCUAGUUGGAUAGCUCUGAUGUAGAACAUAUGGAAAGAAUACUGUACUAAAAGAUGAUCUUACAUGGAGGACACUUAUUUUUUAGCUGCUGUUAAUCUAAUUAUGUUUAUUUAUUGUUGAUUUGCCAUAUUGCUACAUCUGCACAUUUAUUACUCCAAUAUUAUUCAAACAAUCUGAUGCCAAUGCUAUUGUAUUGCCAACACAUGUAACUGCAUAUUAAUUGACUCACUGAUUAAUGGCAGGGUGCAAAGUGCAAAGACAGGCACAAAACUUAAUUUUUUUUUUUUUGCACCAUGCGACUUUUCCCUGAAUAAAGUGCUAUCUGUAUUUGGUUCCACAUUAUACAUAAGGGAUGGUUGAAGCACCAUUUGAACAUCUCUUUGGGUGCCCCCUAACUUGCACCUCAUUCAGCCACCCAAGCCAGGGAGCACCCAUGGGGUUGUAGGGAGUCCUGUACUUAUAGUCUGUCUGUGGCACGCCCCCUAGGACAUUUGCACUUUUUUACACACCAUAAACAAUGUAACAAAGCCAACUAAGCGCUUUCUAAUGCAACUAAUAAACAUUAACAAAACUUG